AUGGGUGGCGAUGAAUUGAUUUUGUUAAAUUACUGGGCAAGCAUGUUUGGAGCCAGGGUUAAAAUUGCACUGGAAGAGAAGGGACUUAAUUAUGAGUACAGGGAAGAAGAUUUGCCAAACAAAUCUCCACUGCUCCUGCAAAUGAACCCGGUUCACAAGAAAAUUCCAGUCUUGAUUCACAAUGGAAAACCAAUAUGUGAAUCAAAUAUUAUAGUUCAAUACAUUGAUGAGUUUUGGAAUGAUAAAGCUCCACUUCUGCCUUCUGAUCCUUACGAAAGAGCUCAAGCAAGGUUUUGGGCUGAUUACAUUGACAAAAAGUUAUAUAAUUCUGGAGGGAAGAUAACAUGGUGUAAGAACAAAGAAGAGGCAGAAGAGGGCAAGAAAGAAGUGCUAGAAAUCUUCAAAGUGUUAGAAGGAGCAUUGGGAGACAAGCCUUAUUUUGGAGGCACCAAGCAGACAUCAAGUAUUGUUGGAUUACAACUUUCUCGAGACCCUCGAGAAAAGCAUGAGAAAGAACAUGCUCGAAUAGUACAAUUCCUCCGUCGCUCAAGAAUGAAAUGGGUGAUUUCUUGA